AUGUCGGCGCGGGGCGCGGAGGCCGCACCGGGCGCGGGUUCGGUGCCGGUGCCGGGCCCCGGUCCGGCCCCGCCGCGGCCGCUGUUCGGCGGCUGCUGGAGCUGCCGCCUGCUGAGCGGCGCGGGGCUGCUGAUGGCCGCCAUCUGGGUGUACCAGGGCCCGCGCAGCCUCAUGAAAAAGGGGAUCCCCCCGUCCAUGGGCGCCAUCGCCCAGAUCACCUUCGCGGCCGGUUUGGGCGCUUGGGGCAUCGUCAUCCUCGCCGACCCCGUGGGCAGCCGGAGCCGCCGGGACCCCUCGGGCGGGGGAACCCAAUAAAGGCUCCGGGACCCCCCAAAAGCUGAUUUUGGGGAGGGGCCACAGGACGAGACACGG